AUGGCUUUAGGUAUCAUCAAGACCCUCUUGAGACUCCCGAUCGAUAUUAUCAUCACCAUCCUCCGCUACUAUUUGCUAGGAGGCGUGAGAUCGAGACGUUACAGGAACAGCUUGAUCAAUAGCAUCAAGCUUAGAGUGUUCCGCACUUCAUUGAACACCGGUAUCAUGGACAGCAAAUACCUUGGGCCAUACUCCAAUUCAUUUUUGAUCCGGAGAAUUGUUCCUUUGUUUGCAAGCCUGCUUGUGAAGGGUGUUCCUGGCUACGGAGAGAAAUUCGAUGACAACUCGAUCUGGUUGGCAAAACUGCCAAACAGAAAACCUGGCGAUCCUGUGAUCAUCUACUCUCAUGGUGGAGGAUAUUUCAUUCAAACAAUGCCUUCUCAGAUUGUCUCGUUGAUGUCACUCUACCACCUUUUGGACGACGAGAAACGCCAGAAAACAUCAAUCUUGUUCUUGGACUACAAGUUGGUGUCGCACGGUUACUCCUUCCCAACCCAAUUGAACCAGCUCCAUGACACCUACUCCAAGCUUGUCUCUCAAGACAGAAACAACAUCAUCCUUAUGGGUGACUCCGCUGGUGGUCACCUUUCCGUUGCUUAUACGCAAUUCUUGAAGACUUUGGAUCAGACAGUGGUGUACCCAAAACAGCUUGUGUUGGUGAGCCCGUGGGUCAAGUUGAACCCUCUUCCUGGGGACAUGGUGCAAGGAAAAUCGUGGUUUGACAACCAGCACUAUGACUUGAUUCAUCAUUCAACUUUUGCGAGAUUCCUGGAUUUAUGUCUGAUUGUAGGAAGCGAGGAUCUCCACUCAUUAGUGUCUUCCCCAGGAGGUAAGGUGCCUAAAUUGAGGUCAGACUGGUCUGAUAUUCCAACGUAUUCUGACCCAGACUACAGUGUUUUCAUAGUUUUAGGAGAAGAUGAAAGUUUCAGAGAUGAUAUCUUGGAAUGGGCUAAGUACUCGGUCGAUUUGCCAUGGUAUCUGAAGGUUAAGUACGGAGAUCUGCACAAGUUCCUCGAGAAAGAACAUUACGAGUUUGAGAGAAAAAAUGUUGCCGGCCAGGCUAACUUAACCGUGUUCGUGGAACCAUUAGGAGUCCACGAUGCCUUUUUCUUUUUCGAAGAUUCUGCUUCCAGUCAGAUCUCGAAGAACAUCAAGGCUGCUAAACAAACGAUUCUCAAGGAUCUCGAUCAGAAGGAGUACUUUACAAUGGUGCGGUUGACUCGAUUCCUCAACGAGACUCUUUAA